AGCGAAGUGAGCGAAGCAGUCGGGGUUAUCACACGGAGGGGGUCUGUACGCAACCGGUUUCAUACGUGUUAUGGGCCUUGUAUCUCUGCAAUAACACGUUCCUAGCGUCUGCCACUCACAAGGAACGUGCAUGGGACUUUAAUUAAACGUUCUGGACACACAAACGUUAAGAAAACCCCGCGGGAGGCCUAAAAACAGGAAAAAAAACAAUUGCGUAGGCAGAGGGUCGGAAUAGGCCUCUGUGUGUGUGCGUGUGUUUGUGUGUGUGUGUGUUGCCCCGUGUGUACGUUUUUGCUUGUGAACGUUGCCCUGUGUGCGUGUGCUGUGUGUGUACACGUGGGGUUGUUGACGUACACGUGUGCACCUCUUCAGGGUCUACAUGAAGUCUUUAACGGUGUGGAGUUGCCAUGGUGGAGGAUGAAGCGUACACACACGACCACACCACCACAGCACCACCACCUCAACACCACCACCACAACCACCACCACCACCGACUUGGCUAAACCACCACCACCACAACCACAACCACAACCACGCCACCACCACCACCACCACCAGCCCGGGAUGGUGGUGGUGGUGGUGGUGAUGGUGGUGGUGAUGAUGAUGGUGUUGCCUGUUAAUGGACACUACGGAGAGCUCUGCGUUGUGGAAACCCCGCUGACCACCCCCUACGUCACCUCACAGCGGAUCACCCCCCUGCCCUGCACCCCAUGUCCACACCCCCCCUUCACCCCUUCCCCCAGCGCCCCCCCGCCCCCCUCUGGCCUAAGCACCUCACCCCCCCUCGCCCCCCAUGGGUAUAAGGGGGUCCAUGUUAUCGAGGUCGAGAGGGCAGAGGGGGUUGUGAAUGUGGUUGUUGAUUUUGGUGAUGAUGGUGGUGGUGGAGGAGAGAUUGUGGUUGUUUUGUCCUCCUCCUCCUCCUCCUCCUCCUCCUCUUCCUCCUCGGGGGUUGUGUUUAAAGUCUCCUCCUCCUCCUCCUCCUCCUCCUCCUCCUCUUCUUCUUCUACGGGAAAACGCGAUGAAAGACCGAAGUUGAUUUUUUUGGUGAACGAGAGAGAUCAAGUUGAAGUUAGUGGAGAUCUCAACUACGUGAUCCUCCACCAGUCUUCCUCCUCCUCCUCCUCCUCCUCCUCCACCUCUUCCAUCAUUGAGAGGUUUGGGUUCAUCUCCACAACCACCAAAGUCAACCAGGGGAACAGAAUCAUCCUCCGCUUGGUUGAUGAAAACAACAACAACAACAACAACAACAACAAAGAAGAAGAAGUAGAAGUGGAAGAAGGAGUGGAAUGCAGUGGAGGGGGAGGUGGAGUGGAGGUGGAAUGCAUGGUGGUGGAGGAGGAGGAGGUGUCUGGUUGCUUCCACCGAAAUAUGCUCGGGAGGGGAGACAGAGACAUCCACAUAAUUGAGGUCGAAAACAACAACAACAACAACAACAACAACAACAGCAAUCGUGUGGUGUUGCAUCUCAUCGGUGGAGGAGGUGGAGGUGGAGCAGUGGUGGAGCGGAACAUCACGGUGGUGCUGAGGGCCUCCACCACCACCACCUGGGCACUUCGAACCACCCAACUCCAAGGAACUGUUACCCUGUUGGUGGGCGGAAGGGACCAGGUGGAAAACACAUCCGCCAUCCCCGGAAAAGCCGCCCCCAAUACAGGCUUGGCAACAGGUGUGGCCCUACAGGUGCGGCAUAUUCAGGUCCCUCACUCCUUCGACCAGCUAAUCCUGACGGUCCUUACGAGCGUGGGUCCGCCCGUGUCGUAUACCAGGUCUGAGGCGCCCACGCAUGUCACUCUCAAGGUGCCAGGGAAGAGAGAUAACCACAUUGAUAAUCACAACCAUUUACCUGACUACGAGACGCCCACAGUGUACGCCGAGGAACCACUAUCCGUUCUCCGCGCCGGGCUGUCCGUGCACUGUGACCUUCAGGAGGGAGUGAUGACCGUGGCCCUGCCCUAUGCCAGUGCCGAGAGGGUGGGCGGGGUGGCCAUGGCGCUCUCUGACAGGGCUUGCGUGGGGGUCCGAAACGGCACUCAUAUCGUACUGAGGGCAAGGUUUUCGAAUUGCAAGUUUACGAGAAGUGCCGGGCUCUAUAGGAACCUGGUCAGCCUCGAGUUGGGACCCACUCUCAGCGAUGACGAGGACCUGGUCGGGUCGGGCUACGGGUCAGACGAUGAUUACUACCCCCCGGUCAUACCCCCAAUUAAGGUGACCUGCCCUAUGGUGUGGGGGGGGGAGGAGCACCGGCGACCUGACCCCCCCGCCCCCCUUCCCACGCCCCCCGACCCCCCGACCCAUAGAUGGCCGCGCCCCCCUGUGAAGACAACCACCACCACCACCACCACCACCACCAGCGGAGGUGUUGGAGGUGCAAGCUACACCCUGGCUAUGUACCAGGAUAGUGACCACAAGCAACCAAUCACCACCAGCUCCACCUCUUCCACCUCCUCCACCUCCAUUGGACUCCACUCUCGGGUGUAUGUCCGCGCCGCCCUGGCUAGUGUCCUCCCCAACCAAGACUCCACCACCACCACCACCACCACCACCACCAGUGACCUCCGUGUGGUAUUGGAGGAGUGCCUGGUCAGCAACACCACCUACGCGCACACAGACGCACACACGCGCACACUCAUCCGGAAGUCCUGCCGUGUGGAUGACUCUGUGUUGGUCAAUCCACCAUACGCACACAGCCACAUGCCCUCCUUCAGUUUCCAGAUGUUACCAGAAUAUGCAGAAAUGGCAACCUUCUACCUGCAUUGCUUAAUUGGAGUUUGUACAACCAACUAUUUGCCCCAACCAGGAGUGAGCAAGUGCAUUGAGCCUGCCCUGUACUGCUACCAACCAGCUCUAUUAAGGGUCUUCGAGGGUCAACCUGCUUCGUCCUCCCUCCAAGCCCUGACCCUCGGACCGCUGACCACGGCUGCUACUACCAAAUCGGCUCUGUUCGGCGGCAUCACAACAACAGUCAACAACAACAACAACAACAACAACAGCCAGACCGAGACCCCAAACCAGAGAAAAAACAACAAGAAGAAAUCAUCAAUAACAUCAACAAAAACGUCCGCUGGGCCUGACGACAUCGACGCGGGCGGAGAGGGGGAGGCGGGGGCGGGGGAGGGGGGGGAGGACGGGGCGCAGGUGGUCCUAGGGGGGCUCUCGACGGAGGUGGUGGUCGGAAUAGCCCUCGCCUCCUUCAUCAUUGGGGUGUGUUUGACAGCAACACUUUGGAUCAUACACAUGAGGACAGACCCCAGGCGACAGAAACGGCACCCAGACAACACCAGCGCUCCUCGAAACUCCGGGUAUGACCUCUCCGCUCACUCAGGCUCCUCAACCCCCUCCUCGCAGGCCCCCAUGACAGCCUGACACCCCCCCCACGCGCACCACCACCCCGCCCCGGCUCCCCCGCCCCCGCCGCCCCUCUGGUCACGCCGGGGCAAGAUGCGGAACGCCCCGCCUCCAGUUACGAGUCGGGUUUAAGAUGUGAUUUGAAUGUUGGUUUUUUGGUGAAGUUCGGAAAGAAAGGAAGGAAGGAAGGAAGGAAGGAAGAGAGAGAGAGAGAGAGAGAGAGAGAAGGAAGGAAGAAAGGGAGAGAAAGAAAGAAAGGAGAGAGAGAGAGACAGUCUUGAAAAAUACAUACGACACAGAAAAAAUAAAAUAAGCUUUGGAAAGAAAGAGAAAGAAAGGAAGGAAGGAAGAGAGAGAGAGAGAAGGAAGGAAGGAAGAAAGAGAGAAAUAAAGAAAGCAAGGAGAGAGAGAGAGAGAGAGAGAGAGAGAGAGAGAGAGAGGCAGCCUUGAAAAAUAUAUAUAUGACACGAUUUUAAUAGACGGAACGAAGGUGUUGGCUGUUAAGUGAUGUUGCUAUCUUGAAAUUCAUAAGCGACACGAUUCUUUAGAUGAAACAAAAUAGUCCCAGUGAAAUUUGGUGUUGUUGUAAGCUUGAAAAAUAUAAACGACACGAUUUUAAUAAGCGAAACGAAAGUGCCGAUGGAGUUUGGGGUCAUCGUAAGCUUGAAAAAUAUAAACAACACGAUUUUAAUACACGAAACGAAAGUGCCGAUGGAGUUCUGUGUCGUCAUAAGCUUGAAAAAUAUAAACAACACGAUUUUAAUACACGAAACGAAAGUGCCGAUGGAGUUCUGUGUCGUCAUAAGCUUGAAAAAUAUAAACAACACGAUUUUAAUAAACGAAACGAAAAUGUCUAUGGAGUUUGGGGUUAUCGUAAGCUUGAAAAAUAUAAGCAACACGAUUCUAUAGAUGAAACAAAAUCGUCCCAGUGAAAUUUGGUGUUGUCGUAAGCUUGAAAAAUAUAAACAACACGAUUUUAAUAAGUGAAACGAAAAUGUCUAUGGAGUUUGGGGUUAUCGUAAGCUUGAAAAAUAUAGGUGACACGAUUCUAUAGAUGAAACGAAAUGGUCCCAGUGAAAUUUGGUGUUGUCGUAAGCUUGAAAAAUAUAAACAACACGAUUUUAAUAAACAAAACAAGAUCGCCGGCAGUGAAACAACAUCAUAAACUCAAAAACUAUAAGCGACACGAAUGUAUAGACGUAACAAGGUGGCGUCAGUCAGUGCCCGGCAAUGUCGUACGCUCGAAAAUGUAUAAACGACACGAUUUUAUGGACGUAACGAAGCUGUGUUGGCGAAUGAUGAAAAACAAACAAAAAACAAAAGAAAGACAAAUGUGACUGGACCGACAAUAACAAGAAAAACAAGAAAGGAAAUCUAGGAAAGUAUAGACGACGUGAUUUUUAUAGACGGAACGAAGGUGUGUUGAAGGUGUCCGCUGAUGUCGUAUGCUCGGAAAUUUGCGUACGACCAUUUUAUUUUACGUAAAGAAGAAAAACGAAGAAAAUAUGAAGAAAACACUGAACUUGUCUUUACAUAUGAAUGAGAAAAGAAGAAAAAAUAAGGAAAAAAAGCUUGAAAAUUUGCAUGAGUAUUUUUUUUUUACGUAAAGAAGAAAAACGAAGAAAAUUAGAAGAAAACACUGAACUUGUCUUUUA